CGUUACGGGAGGUGCUUGUGAUGCCAUAGGUAGAUAAAUCGGUGUUUGUACAAGUUCCUGUCUACAGUUUCCUCCCCUCAGGCACACAAACUGCUUCUUCACUAGAAACAUCAAACCAGAGGAUUCAACACACCAAAGCAGGUCAUAAAAAUCAGUAACUUCAACAACUCAAGGGCCACCUUGUCAGGCCUGUAAACAACACAAGUUCUCUAUGAUGGUUGACAACACCGUAACAAAGCCUCUUGGGUUAGCUUUGAUCGUCGUAGCUCACAUGGUGUUAAACGUCCUCAGCCAAACGGAGGUCACCGGGAUCCUCGGCACCAACAUCACCCUUCAAUUCUCAUUUUAUUCUAAUGUCAGCUUCAACAGAAGUAGUCAUUUUGCAAUUUAUCGAAAUGAGGAAAAGCUUGCUGAGUAUAAACAGGGGACAGAAGGAAAUGAUUUUAAUGUUUACCCUAACAAUUAUUCUGUACUUUGGCACAUUCCAUAUCUUAAACUAAAUCAGAGUGGACGUUACUGGGCCAGUGUGUUCAAAAGUACAGGACGCCUCAGGGAGAGUAUUAAGGUACAGCUGAUUGUCCAAGAGGAGAACAGAAGCAGCACAGUUCCUCCCAUGCAGAGUACCAUCCCAGCAACACAAGACAGUGGAACUUCCUCUCACUUCGUCACUGUCCUUGUGGUUUCACCUGUAAUGCUGCUGGCCGCACUACUUCCAUGUUUGAUCUGGUGUCUCGUGAGAACCAAAGACACACAACAAGAGCAGCAUCUUCCACCACAACAAAGCUCUAAUUCCACAGUACAAGAAACUGUUGAGGCGAUUAAAAAUGUGCCCACAAACUCAGUGGUCUACAGCGUCCUGGACUUUCCCAAGAGAUCUUCGACAGUUCUGGAGAUGAAUCCGAGUGACACGGAGUACGCUGCUGUCAGUUAUCUCUCGGAAAGAAGGCUAGUGUGACGCACAGCUGAAUGUAAAGCAGCUGGUCUUUCUUGGUUUUAGUAAAGGGAUGCAAGAUGACUUAAAUGACCUAAAAUAUAUUUCUAGUAAGUGUGAUAAACACCUUUGAUAAAAGCCCGUGGGCUCCUUGCAAUAAUAAGCAAAAGACUUGGGAGGGGAAGAGUCAAUGUUCUCUAGGUUUGUAGGAGCCACUUUGCUGUCUGUGUUCAAAUGUUGAGACUGUCACAGUGGCAAACUACAAAUCGGCAAACAUGUUAGAGUAACAAUGUUUUUGUUGAGUUUUUUUUUUUUUUUUUUUAAUUGGCUCUUCAUUUAUUUCAGGAUCAUCAUCAUAAAAAGACUAAAACCAACAAAGCAUUUCCUGUAUAUCUAAAUAUAAUCUAAACAAUCUUACUAUUCUGCCAGUCAGUCACACUGCCACUCUGCUUGAGACUGCUUUAUUUUGACAAACAUGAGUACUGUAAUUUAACUUGAGUCCCACCACAUUCGCUGUAUUGCUGCUGUAAAUACUCACUGGACCACCCAUCCCCUCAAAAAUGCACUAUUUAUUCUGGUGGUGCCUAGUUGUUUUAGCAAAUUACAUAAGAUAAUAAAUAGGCCUAAUUUUGAGCUGUUUACACUUACGGUGGUAUUGAAUAGCCCUGACAUGGUAGGGAAGUCAGAAAAUACGUAUGGACUAGCACACUCAUGGUUUUGGUAUUUUCCUGAUUUGUUGAUAAUAAGAAAGUUACAGAAAAAGGCCAUCCUUGUCCUUUAAACCAGAGUAAAGCUGAAGUACCUGCAGCUAAUAUUGUCUGAAUACAUAUCUGAGUGUGUGGAGAAAUAAGACCUUUAACCUCACUGACAAUUAUUUUCCAAACUUAAAUUCUAUCCAUUUCUGCUUUAACUUUCAUUUCCUGAUUAAGUUUGGGCUAAGGUGCUGAACUUUGCUGUCAUGGCAUGCGUGACUUGUUUAUUAAUAUUUUUAUUGUGGCAAGGAGGCAUCACACACACCCGUUGAAGUUUCAGGUUUAGUAAUUUUCUGUUGGUGUUUCUUAUCAUUGCAUCGUUCACGGUUUUGACUCAUCGCCUUUCCAAUGUUAUAAUAAACAAAACUCACCAGUGAAAUGAAACAGUUUUAGGAAACUGUGACAUUUUUGUCGAUUAGGGAUCUGAUAACAGCUCAACUGUACUGUAUAUUCACAGAUCACAGGCGUGAGUUUUCCACUUAUUGUAUAGCGACAGUUUGACACAUGUUAACCCCAGCAGCUAUCUGACACUAUCUCAUGUUCCACCAUAAGCUCUCUCCUAGUAGGUGCUUAAUGAUGUUUGGAUAGAUUUUGUCAGACAAAGUAUUGGUGUGCAUUCUCAGGGCUACAUAUUGAUAUUAUCAGUGUGUUUCUGGGUGAGUUUAACCUGAGAGUUAAACUCACCCAGAAGAUCUGUUUACUCAAUAUCCAGCCAAGUUAGUGAAUGAUAAUUUGUUUUGAACAGGUGGCCACACAAUCAAAGAAUAAUGUUUCUUCUUUGGUCUGAAAACCUUGUGGGUUAAACAGCACAAGUAAACUUUGAAAUCUAAGGGUUUUGUCCUGUCAGGUGUUUAUAUUUCACAUACUGCUGAAAUAUUCUUUUAAAUGCACACAAUAAUUUAGAAAUGGUUGUCAGAAUAAACUUAACAGCAAUAAACUUUAUUUUUCUGGUGUGAAUAAUGUCCCUCGUUCGUCGAUGUUGGAUCUGUGUGUCUCAUGUAAGCAACAGUUUAGUUGCUCAGCAAGUUGUUGGUGUCCUGAAUAAAAUGUCUAACAAUUA